AUGUCGUACAGCUGGUGGCACGGUCCUCUGGAAUUGGAGGGCCAAGUGGAGCCUGUCGCUGGAGGAGGAGGAGGGGGAGGAGCAGGAGGAGGAGGAGGAGCAGGAGGAGGAGAGGGCCAACUGGAAGGGCGCCUUGAGAUGAGAAGGGUCCAUCGCCAGGAGUCCGGAGAAUACUCUGUCACUGCCACAAGUCCCAGGGGAACCUCCACCGCUUCCUUCGUCAUUAAUGUCCAGUACGGUCCUGAGAACAUCGUGACAUCCAAACGGGUGACGGUGGAUGAGGGUGGCUCAGCUUCCGUCCUCUGUACAGCAGUUGGCCAUCCUACACCGAACGUCACUUGGUACAGACAGGAGGAUAACAGCAGCAACUCCGAGGUUCUCUCUUGGGGCAUCGGCGAAGCCAGACUCUCGAUCGAGGGGGCGACCAGAGCAGACACGGGAUUCUACCUCUGCCUCGCCUCCAACGUCGUCUCCAGGGCGGAGCCCGUUCGCGCGGCCGUCGUCGUGACUCAAACUCCAGAGGUUCCCGACGAAGUGGAAGAAGGCGCAGAAGAGUCCUACCUGAGUCCCUGGGCUCACUUGGGGGGGACGGCCCGCCUGGAGUGCAGCGUGAAAGCCGCCCCUUCGCCCACUUUCAAGUGGACCAUCAACGAGGACCGAGUUCUGCUAAAUGACCGGAAGUAUUUCAUAAGGGUGCCUGAGCUUAUUGACGGUUUGGUGGCCUGGUCGUCUGUCCUGGAAAUCAAGAACGUUUCGCUGAAGGACUACACCACUUACACCUGUGUCGCCGCCAAUUCCAGAGGAUCCUACGCUGUGAAUUACACUCUUGGCUCACCCCUGCCCCCGAAUCCACCUCAGUAUCUCAAUGUCACGACAGUCACAGGUAGUACGGCCUACCUCUCGUGGGGUGCCCCCCGGUGGGGGGGACACACCCUGCGGGCUACACCCUUCUCUAUCGGCCGAAGAACGGAGGAAAGUACACGGCAGUCCCGAGGUGAUGUAUGGAAGUCCCAAGUCAUUAAGUGA